GUGUGUUUAUCGGGUCAUGGUGGUGGAGAAAUCCGGCUGCAUUUCUCCUCUCUCUCCACUAGGAAGCUGUCUGCCCCUUUGUUCCCCGCUCUCUCCCUCAGCCGUUUCCCCUCCUCAUCCCUCCUGAUUCGAGCAGACGCACAACGGCACCAUGUCGGGCAGCGGGGGCUGCACGCUCACUUAGUUUAGGAUCGCUGCACUUUACAAAUCGUCGCUGUCAGUGCCCACCCUCACUCGGGGCCGAGGAGAGGCGUUUUAAUGCUGGCUUCGCUGCUCGACAGACGGGAGGAGAAGUGUGGGAGAGGAGCAGGAGGAGAAGAGGAUCUGUGGGUCUGAUCUGUGUUGCUCUCGCCAGCUGCUGCUGUCCGCCGGAGUGAGGAGCCGAGCGUGUCCCUGUCCUGGCUAGGCGCUAACGCUAAGCUAGUAGAGGAUCCUGCACUGUGGGCUGCUGCAUUGAUAACAUAUGGGAUUUGUUAUGGACUGGGGAUAUGAGGAGGCGCUGGAGUAGAUAAAGCUCUCCACGGAGUUAUUUCAUUCACCUCAUCGACACAAAGACCCAGAAGAGCUGAUGGAGAGCUGCUGGGAACGUUAUCUGGAGGGCUAGGCCACAAGACAUUGGACGCCACACUUCUUCCUUGCAGCCGUUCUGUUACUAUUAUAUUGAAUGCAGCUGAACAAGCAGAAAAAGAGAAAAAAGGCCUUCUCUUUCCUCAGUGGACUCACAUAAUUCCAGAGUGAUGAAAAAGUUGGCUUGAAAAGCUCUGGUGCUUUGAGGCAAAUCCAAGUGGAUACACAAGAGAAAAGUUGUAGUCUUGACUCAUUUUGGCACCAUCAUUUUGUGGGUGCUGUAGUCUCUCAGAAAGGAAACACGUCCCUGUAGGAUGACCAGUCUCUUUCGACGGAGCAGCAGCAAUGGCAGCUCUCGUGGCGGCAGCGGGGGAGGCUCGACCACCGGAGAGCUCAAUAAUAGCAGGCCCAACCGACAGGUGCGGCGGCUGGAGUUCAACCAGGCCAUGGAGGACUUCAAAACCAUGUUCCCCAGCAUGGACUAUGAAGUGAUCGAGUGUGUUCUGCGCUCUAACAACGGGGCAGUGGAUGCUACCAUCGACCAACUGUUGCAGAUGAGCAUCGAGGGCAAUGGAUCAGACGAUAGCUCGGACUCGGACGACAGCAUACCACCAGAGAUUCUAGAGAGGACCCUCGAGCCAGACAGCUCAGACGAGGAGCCACCUCCAGUCUACUCUCCGCCCACCUAUGACAUGCAUAUAUAUGACAGGAAAUAUCCUAAUGCUCCACCCACUCCACCCCCCAGGUUUGAAGCCCAACCCCCUCCAGCACAGCCCCCUUCAGCACAGCCCCCUCCAGCACAGCCCGCUCCAGGGCACCAGCAGACCCGCAGUUACAGGAAUUGGAACCCUCCAUUACUUGGCAACUUGCCUGAUGAUUUCCUACGAAUUUUACCCCAGCAGUUAGACAGUAUACAGAGCUCUCAGAGUGGUUUCUCUGACCCCUCUUCUUCCUCAGCAUCUACCUUGUCAUCAGUGCCGCAGCAGACUGCUUGUGCCGCGGCAGCGUCUGGAGCAUCUGAGCAGGAGCGAAAGCUGAAGCAGUACCUUGAGGAUGAGCGCAUAGCGCUCUUCCUGCAGAACGAGGAAUUUAUGAAAGAGCUGCAGCGCAACCGGGAGUUCCUUAUUGCCCUGGAACGAGAUCGGCUGAAAUAUGAGUCAAAGAAAUCCAGGUCGGGGCAUUCAUCAGCUGGAAACUCAGCAGGUGACCACCACUACACUCCUGGAGCCAUAGAGGGUGUGUCAGACGAUGCUUUGUUCAGAGACAAACUGAAGCACAUGGGAAAAUCAACCAGAAAGAAACUGUUUGAAAUUGCCAAAGGGUUCUCAGAAAAGACAAAGCGAAGAAGGUCCAAAAGGAAAACACUCCUGAGGCAUCAUUCACUAGGCACUGCCAACUCUACUGCCAAUUUAUUGGAUGAUGUGGAGGGAAACCCCUGUGAGGAAGAAAGUCAGCUUAGAAGAUUGGCCAUUCAGGAAGAAGAGCGGCCCCACAGGGAAGCGCUUUCAUGAUCCCUCCAGCUGUUUGGCAUAUUCACGGUUCCAUGGUGACAGCAGAAUGACCCAUGGCAGGUGGUCCUAUAGCUCUGUGGUUCCUCCCUUUAUUUCAGAGCAGCCUAUCACAGGCUCCAGAGGAACUGUCCCCACUCACACAGGAAGGAACUGGUGAUUCUGAAGCAGCCUUGUAACGAACAUAUAAUUAUCUGCAUUAUAUUAACUGUAUUAUAUCUAUUUGUUAAUAUAUGGUUUCAUAUGUAAAAAUGAACAGAUACAGUAUUCAUUUCAUGAUUAUUUUUUUUUCCUCUUAGAGAAUCCCUGUAUAAUGAAAAGAAUUGAUUUUUACUAGUUUUUGUUUAUGGACUAAUUUUUACUUUACAUAUGACCCCCCCCCCCCCCCAAAUUAUUUAUGAUUUGAGCAACAUGUGGCUCGUUACUAUUUGAAAAGAAUGACAUGCUUACAGAAAUAUUGGUCCCAAGUAUUCAAUCCAACUAAUGGCCAUAAUUUUAAGAGCAUUAAUGUGGAAUGUUUUCAACAGAGCAUCUGACGGAAUCCCCAAGAAUCCAACCCUUUAAGUAUUUGACACAUGAAAUGUAUUUGCAGUGUCCACAUCUGAUUAGUCAGUCCAUUCUUACUGAUUACAGUAUCACCAAAAUGCCUUCCUAAUCCAUUUUCUGUUGAAUAGAGUUAAGGGCAUAUAAAUUGGUUAUUUCAGUGACCUCAUGCCUCCACGCUGUGCAACCACAAGCUAAACUACUAGCUAAUUCAGCCAGUUCAGACGGCAAGUUCUCAUCCUGCUACACUAUGUUCUCCUGUGUAGACAGAUGAUGUGCAGUCUGUGAUGCUGUUACAAUGCUUAAAUAAUUCCUAUUUUCCAAAAUCAAAUUUCAGAAGUGUUUUUUUACACAAACAUGGGCAAGGGCACAGAUCUGUGAGCAGCCUUGCACCUCUACUUGCACUGCCAUAUCUGUUUCAUAAUGUAUUUUAAUACAAAGUUUCUUUUCUAGCUUUUCUGGGUGAAAGAUAGAUGAAAAGGUGAAACCAGUAUUAAUAUAAUCUAAACAAAUUUAAUUUUAUGCCAGUAAAGUUUUUUUAUUCUAAUAUAUGUUUUGGAUCCGCAGAAUAUGUUGCUGAAUUGGGUGCACAGAACAAUUUGAGUGAUGCUGUCGUUGUUAGUUUUAUGCGUAGUUGAUAUUUGACAUUUGGGAUUCUGUGUAGAGCAGUGCGAUUCUGCAGGGUGGGAAGAUGUCUGCGCUGUGCAAGAACAUGACCUCCUUUACCAUUAAUAUUUAGCACCAACUGUGUGAUACUAGCAUAGUGGGAGACUGUCUUUGUGUUGUCAUCACCUGCGCCGUCAGUUCUCUGUCAAUUUGACCUGCUUUUACAAAAGAUCUCUUAGGUUUUUUUAAAGGGGGGGCUCAUCUGAGAAAUAGUUUGUGAAACACUGUUUGGCUAUUAAAUUUUGAAUAGACCUUUUAUAUUUCACUCUUACUGGUUCUAGAAAGCACAUUCAGCUCUGGUCAUGUACAAUUCAGUGUUUUCCCUGUUCUAACACUAUUGGUUUAGAUAAUGAUAAGCUUAAAGGUCUACUCUAGCAUUUUUCAACCUAACAUUCACUUAAAAUAUCAUUACUGCAGCACCUGUACAUUGACUCCAAUUAUGUGUUUACAGCGAAGAGGUGUUUUGUUAUUUUACUAGGCACAGCAUUGAAAUUGUUGUCCUCAGUAAUCAUCUGUAUAGAUGCCACAAAUAGAGAUGAGGUUUAAAAACAGGAAUAUUCCUUUAACCUAUUAAUAUCUCAAAUAUUGCACAUCUGUCCAUAUGUUCACUGAGCUUAGUUAGUAUAGUUUUAUAAACUGAUCAACCCAUAUGGCUGCAAAAGGAGUUUUAAUUACCUAAAGAGGCAGUUAAUGAUUCUGGAGAACAAUUAUUGAUAUUUGGACAGCAAAACAAAUACAAUCCUUUCUUCAGUGCUCAUUCAGAAGCUCCACCUCACAAGUUCAUGGACCUGCAUUGCCAAGCAAACUAUGCCUGGCUAACUUGUCUUUUAGAUCUUCAUGGUCAUAAAACCGUCCACAACUAGUGUAUAGACCAAUACCAUGAUAAUGUUAGAGUGAAAAAACACAGUAAGUAGUGUAACAAUGUCUAGGAAUAUUAGCUAGGUUGUGGAUUAGCUACCUCACUACUAUUGUUGCUAUAAAGCUAACCAGUUGUGAUUAGCUGUCACAAACAUUAGCAAAUGCAUUAGCAAAUGGGACAAAACCAUGCAGACCUACUGGUUCUGUGGUGCAGCAAAAAUAAGUUAAUGUUACCCAACUGAAAUAGCAACCUCCUCAUCCCUUUUCAUGCCUUUCAACUCUCAAUGAAGCCAACUUCUUGUUUAGAUUUUCUGCUCCACUUUAAAUGUUGCAGCAGUUACAUGUUACAUGUUUUGUAGUUGUGUAACUUUUAAGGUAGAACAUGAAAAAUUCAAAUGAGAAGCUGGCAGAUAGGAAGUCAACUUUAGCCUCGUCAGCUCUCAGAGGGCUCUCCACUGUUGAAAUGCCUCACUGAUGUUAACGUGUCUCUUCAACCUUGUCUGAUCUAAGAACUCUCUCAAUCUUUGUUCUUCAGAACGUCUCCUCUUUGGCUGUUUUUCAGCCAUCUCUCCUUCUUGACAAUACAUGGAGUUCAGCAUGUCGCCCCUCCCCUUCCCUCUGUCCUGUGCACAACCAUGAUCGUCCAGUGUUAUCAUUUGGUCAAAGCCACUUUGUUCCCCAUUUAUAGAACCAGAGCUGUGUACGAACCAGAUUUUUUUUUUCCUCAGUGUGCACAUAUAACAGCUAGCGGACCGUGAGGAGAUAUUUGCUAAAUAUCUGAACCGAAAAAAGUGUACUGAAUUAUUGGAUUGGCUUAGUAUACCUUUAAUUUAUCAUAUUUAAUACAGUCCUUUGGUCCCAUUGGAUUACAUAUUUUUAACAGAAAAACAAUAAUUCCAAAUUUGAUUGUGAAUAAUAGUAUGUCCAAAGUAAAACUAUACAAAUUUUCAUCACUGUAGACCAAUCAGAACUGGCAUUAUCAUACUAAAUUUAGUUGUUGGUCAUUAAAGAUGGUCAGAGAUGUUAGAGCAGGGAAAACCCUGACACAGAAGUCUCAAAGCUAAGGAUGCAGCUGAGGAAGGCUGUGUUUCUCUGCUGUUGUGUCACUGAAGCCUGUCCUGUUUUGUAGGAUUCUUUAAAUGUGGCUAAGAAGCACACUCUUCGAAGAAUUUGCCAGGUGCAGCUGUUAUAUCCUUCAAUACUUUGUCACCCACAAUCCAUCACACAGCAUACAACCAUGUUAAAAAUGGAAUAGACAGCUGUGAGUGGUGGGAUGCUGUUGAUCAUCUUGAUUGUGAGUGAGUGAGCACUGAGUAGGAGCCUUCUGAUACGAGUGCUAGUGAGGUCUCUCCUACCUCAGCUGUAGCCUUCACAUUGAGAUGUGACUAGAGAGUGCUGUGGUCCUCUAGGAAAUGGAUAACCCUGUGAUCAGGUGUGGCAGUGCGUCAAUAAUAGCAUAUGUAGAAAUGUCUGACAAAAGAUUGUCAAUGAAUUUGGAGAGCAGUUACUUUAUAAGGAGCAAGAUACCUAUAUGAAGUGUUCAGAAGGUCAGUAGGGUGUCCAGUAGCAGGGUGUCGCAUAUGUUUUGUUUGUAAGAUCGUAUGCUCAUCUGCACAGUGUAAAUUCACUGUAAGUUCAGCCCCAUCAACAUGUGUAACUAAUGUGUCUCCCACCUGGCCUGUUUACACUAGCGCAUUUAUCCUCUCAGGGAACUUACUCUCAUUUAAUCAUUUGGUACAAGCAUAACUUGAAUGAACAUAAAACUGAUAGUGGAGCGCAGAGGCUGUUAGACAGGUUGAAGUAGCACACUCGGAUAUGCUUUUGUAACGCAAUAAAAACUAUGAUUCUAACCAAAAAGGUUUUUUUACAACAAAAUAGGAGUAACAUAUUCAAUGACUUUUUGUCCUCCAGUAUGUUCAUGUGUUCCAUUUUUAAUUUUAGCAUGUUCUCAUUUCAUACCUAAAUUCUCCCCAAAGUCCAUUCACCUGAAUGAUCUUUAUGAAGGGUGAAGUUGGGUCGAGUCCAUUUAUAUGAUGGGGAAAGUUUACUAUGUGCAGUGGUGAGUGAUGUAAUGAUCCGUGGAAUGUAGUCUUUGUGCUUUUAAGUAGAAGAAAAUCUUCACCUUUCGUCAAAUCAGAUUUCAAGUCAUGUUAAUAAUUGCUUAAUGAGAUACAUUUAUUACUUUUUUAUGAUUUCCUUUUUUUUGGACUGACUGUACAGCCCCACCAUUAAGUGUGAUGGUUCUGUAACCAUCAAUAAUGAUUCCAAAUUCAAACCUUUCUUACAAUCCAGAGAUGUUUUAGUUAUUGAAAUAAAUGAGUAAUAAAAUUGUUAUACAUUA